ACUCGCGAAUCCCUCUUUUCUCUCAUUCCCGCAAAUUACCCCUCUCACUUCCCCCGCCAUGUGUCCAUCCGGCCGUUCCCUCUCCCUUCCCUCCUCCUCCUCCUCCUCCUCUGCAUCCGGCUCCACCGUCAACUCGUCUUUCCGACCAGCAUUCGAUGUCCUUGAUUCUGACCGCGACGGCAAGAUUAGCGGCGACGAUCUUCGGGCAUUCUACGCCGGCAGGGAUGCCGCCGACAUCGACGACGACCUCAUUGGGACGAUGAUGACUGUGGCGGACACCAACAAGGACGGUUUCGUAGAGUAUGAUGAGUUCGAGAGGGUGGUUCUGGGCGGCGGCAAGGAGAACGGAUCUGUGAGUUCGCCGACGUCGUUCUUGGAGGAGAUGUUCAAAGUGAUGGAUAAGGACGAAGACGGCCAGCUUAGCCACCGGGAUUUGAAGAGCUUCAUGGGAAUGGCUGGCCUCGCCGUUACUGACGACGACAUCGAUGCAAUGAUCAUGUUGGCCGGUGGAGAUCGAAACGGCGGCGUGACAUUCGAAGGCUUGCAUCGAAUAUUAAUGAACCGUUGAUUGGAUCGGCGCAGGUCCUUUUCCACGAUUUCUCGGAUUUUCUUCGUUUAUGCUUUUGGGCACCUAGUUGUUCCAAUAAUUAAUUAAUUAUGAUGGUAGCAAGAAAGAGAACUUGACUUUUAAUAUUUCUUUUUUGGCCGUCACUUUGUUACUAUUAUAAUUUUUUGGUCAUGUUAAGCAUACAUCAGAUAUUAACAGUAUCCCUAGACUUCAAACUCGAUGUGGGCAUUUGAAUUUAUACUUAGCUUCGAAAGCAAUCAUUUCUCAUC